AUGGAAUGUAAGAAGUACUGGAGGCUGAUACAACCCAAAUUUAUUCGAGGUUUGCAGUGUAAAACAUCCUGGAGAUUAUUGUUGCUGGGGUGCUUAGUGCCUGUGACACUGUACACAAUAAAUUGUUACAUCUCUCCUACUGCUGAAGAUGGGAAAACAAAAUGGAUUUCUCACAAAAGAGAACUUUCAACCAAUCAGACCCAGUACCUUCAGAAAGGUGAACCUGUCAAUCAUAUAGCAUUUAUUAAGGUGCCUAAGGCAGCAAGUACUACGGUUCAGAACAUAUUUCUACGUUACGGGUAUGAAAAUGAUCUGGAGUUUGCUCUGCCAAAACUCCGUCCAGCGGGCGGCGAUUCACUAACAGCUCGUUACUUCUAUGCCCCGUUGAACAAGAAAUUUUUUGAUAUCACUUGUACACAUAUCAGAUAUGACAAAGAACAAUUUCAUAGAGUCCUUCCUGACGACACCGCUUACAUAGGAACAGUGAGGGAACCAUUUAGCCGUUUUCGAUCCUUUGUCAGAUUUAUUCGUCCUAAAUCCGUUCUAGAUAUCCCAGGAAACGACCCUGUUUUGAAAUAUUUGUCUCGAGAAAAAGAAUUUAGGACCAGAACGGGUGAGCAUAUUAUCAACUGUAAUGGAAUGGCUUGGUACUUUGGAUUUCCCUACGAAUUGUAUUUGACGAGGAAUCAUCAUCUGAUAGACGAUUAUUUAUUACAACUAGAUAAGGAAUUUGAUAUUAUACUGGUGAUGGAGUUCCUUGACGAAUCCAUUGUGUUAAUGCGUCGGAUCUUAAACUGGGAUCUCAGACAUGUUUUGUACGCUAAACUUCGCGUUAAUAAGCUGGAAGACACACGAUUGGUGUUUGGAACUACUGAAGAGACGUUGUAUAAAAGAUGUGGAUAUUUGGACUAUCGCCUGUACGACUACUUUCUGAACAAGUUGAAAGAAAAAAUAAAACGCCAGCUGCCUGAUUUCAAUGACGAAGUGGCUUACUUCAGGAAAACUAGAGCAAAGUAUGAUGACUUUUGCUUGUCUUCGUUGUCUGAAGAUCUUAAGAACGCCGUAAUGACAUUUGAAGGUAGUCCAUGGAACGCGCCAUUCGUCAUCACAAGUGAGGACUGUAAAAAACUUUAUAUUCAUGACGUCGAAUUUCUACAAAAAAUACAGGAAAAACAAUUCUCAUCCUAUUAA